CUUUUCUUCCACCAUCGCAUUUUUGCCUUGUUUCUCUUAUUGGCAUGUCUACUCAUUAAUGUAAUUAAUCUUUCAUCACCAUUGGUUCCCCCACGAUCUUCUCUCUUCGCCUUCCCCCAUUCGUACUCCGCACUCGACCUCCGCUUUUCCUCCCCCACUCCGCAAUAUCUUCCGCGCAAAUACUCCAUUCAUGAACACCAACGCAACCAAUUAAUCCUCUUACACCCCAGAACACCUACCAUGGCCCAUUCCAAACGCAACACCUCCCUCCCUCACUUCACCUCCUACGAGCGCGACCUCCUCCGCUCCAACUGGGGCACCAAACGCGGCGUCAUCGGCCGCGACUCCUUCCUCCCCUUCGGCUCAUGUCGCCUGUGUCUACACCCCGCGCGCGCCCCCGUCGUGGCCUGCGCCACCAACGGUGACCUCUUCUGUCGCGAAUGCGCCAUCAGCGACCUUCUCGCCCAGCGCCAGGAAAUCAAACGACUCGAAAAAGAGCGCGAUGAAGCCAAGAAACGUCUCGCGGAGGAAGAAGAACGGGCACUAGAAGAAGCGCGAACGCGAGAACUCCACGACUUUGAGCUCGUGAGCAUGGGAUUAGAAGCGGCAAAGAAAAACGGCACACCGGGUGCUGAACUGUCGAAGAAACGAAAAGCCGAGACGACGGAGGCGUUGGCGGCGUUUAAGGCGAGAGAGGUAGAAGUUGAUGGGAAGCGGAAGAAGGUGUUUGAGUUGGAUGAGAAGGAGAUGGCGAAGAUGGCGCGCGAGGAACAGGAACGGUUGAAGGAUGAGUUGAAGAGGGAGAAGGAAUCGAAUAAAUCGGCCCUUCCAUCCUUCUGGGUCCCCUCGCUCACACCUACCACCGAUCCGAAUGAAAUCGCCGCCAAUAAGGCCGUCAAGUUGUCCCCUAUCUGUCCGGCUUCUACCGACUCUAAUCGUCAUCCCUACUCGCUCAAGUCUCUAGUUGAGGUCCAUUUCACUGAGGAGAAAGCCUCUGAUGGUUCUAUGGCCCGGGUGUGUCCCAGUUGCAAGAAGACCUUGACCAAUGGGCUCAAAGCAAUGCUAACAAAACCCUGCGGCCACGUCAUCUGCCAACCAUGCGUCACCAAAUUCAUGACUCCGCACGACGCGCCAGACCCGCACGCCACUAAAGAAGAACAGGAGCAGACCGCCGCCCUACAUGGGCGGAUUCUCUGCUACGUCUGUGAGACGGAUGUUACGCCGUCAAGCGACGCGAAAGACUCUAGCUCAGCGAAGAAGAAAAAGAAGGAUAAGGAGGGGAUUCGGCCUGGUUUGGUGGCGGUUAGUUCCGAGGGGACGGGGUUUGCGGGUCGGGGUGGGAAUGCUGCGACGAAGACGGGGGUCGCGUUUCAGUGUUGAUGGUGG